UGAAGUCUCACGAGCCUCUUCUGACGUUAGUAGUUGCAAACCGUAACGAACCGUCUCUCUAGUAUUAACCAGACAGGGACUGGUUAACAGAAAGACAAACUGGUUUCACAUAAAGAACCGCUAUAUCCCUGGUAGGCCCAUGCUAGGCUAACAUGAAGGUAACUCGUUGAGUUAGAAUAAAGUCCAUGUUGAUAUUCUGUUAAACCUCAUUCUGACACCAUGAAGACCAACUGAUCCAGAUACUAGUACAGAUACUAGUACUGAUACUAGUAGAACAACAUGAAGACCAACAGAUCCUACAAACUGGUGGUCCACAAGAAGGGCUUCGGCGGCAGCGAUGAUGAGUUGGUGGUCAACCCAAAGGUUUUCCCUCAAGUCAGUCUGGGGGACAUCAUUGAGAUCGCCCAUCCCACCGAUGAAUACAGUCCUCUCCUGCUGCAGGUGAAGAGCCUGAAAGAAGACCUUCAGAAAGAGACCAUCAGUGUAGACCAGACAGUGGCCCAGGCCUUCAAACUACGGGCGUACCAGGAUGUGAUCGUCAACAUCGUGGACCCAAAGGAGGCCACUCUGGACCUGGUGGAGCUCACCUUCAAAGACCAGUACAUCGGCCGAGGAGACAUGUGGAGGCUGAAGAAGAGUCUGGUCAGCACCUGUGCCUACAUCACCCAGAAGGUGGAGUUUGCAGGAAUCAGGGCCCAGGCCAGUGAGCUGUGGGUGCGAGGAGAGAAGGUGUCCUGUGGCUACAUCAGUGAAAACACCAGGGUGGUGUUCCGCUCCACCUCAGCCAUGGUCUACAUCUUCAUCCAGAUGAGCAGUGAGAUGUGGGACUUUGACAUUUACGGGGACCUAUACUUUGAAAAGGCUGUCAACGGCUUCCUGUCCGACCUCUUUGCCAAGUGGAAGGAGAAGAACUGCAGCCAUGAGGUGACGGUGGUCCUGUUCUCACGGACCUUCUACACCGCGAAGAGCAUAGAGGAGUUCCCCGAGGUCCUGAGAGGCUCCAUCAGACAGGACCACGAGGGGCGCUUCUAUGAAGACUUCUACAGGGUGGUGGCCCAGAACGAGCGGCGUGACGAGUGGACGUCUCUGCUGGUGACCAUCAAGAAGCUCUUCAUCCAGUACCCGGUGCUGGUCCGGCUGGAGGAGACAGAUGGAUUCCCCACGGGGCAGAACUCCACCGCAGCCCAGGGAAACUACCUGGAGGCCAUCAACCUCUCCUUCAAUGUGUUUGAUAAGCACUACAUGAACCGUAACUUCGAUCGAACGGGUCAGAUGGCGGUGGUGAUCACCCCGGGGGUGGGCGUGUUCCAGGUGGACCGCCUCCUCAUGAUCCUCACCAAGCAGCGCAUGAUUGACAACGGUAUCGGGGUGGACCUGGUGUGUAUGGGGGAGCAGCCCCUCCACGCGGUCCCGCUCUUCAAGCUUCACAACAAGCCGAUCCCUGGAGACUCUCGAGUUGGAGACGACUACAACCUCCCCCACUGGAUCAACCACAGUUUCUACACGUCCAAGAGCCAGAGCUCCUGCUGCUCCUUCACCCCCAGGAUCAAACUAGCAGGACGCAAGCUCCACGCGGAGAAGUUCAGGAGCAACAAAGACCACGCCCUGUGCGCUCCGAGGGACUCUGAGAACAGCCUGCCCAUCCAGGUGGACUACGAUGCCCAUGAUGCACUGGUGUUCAGGCUGCCUGGGCCCUCCAGGGCCCAGAGGAGCAGCAACUUCAGGGUGGGUCGGGAGAGGGAGGUGAGUGGGAGGAGGAGCUGGGGGUCUGCGGAGGUGGGUAGUGGUCCCGGGGCCUCCCCCCCAGUGCGUGGCGGGGGGCAGGAGGAGCUGCGCAGCCUGGCCUCCAGCGACAGCCUGGGGCCGGUGUCCAGCGUCCUGCUCAUCCCCCGCCACCCCACCGUCCAGUACGAGGUCAGCAGCUCCCUGGGCUACACCAGCACACGAGAGCUGCUGGAGAAGAUGAUGGACUCCCAGCGGGACUCGAGCGCCCCGGGCCGCUUCACGGUGGGCAGCGCUGAGUCCACACUGCACAUCCGGCCGGGGGGCUACACCCCCCAGCGCGCCCUCAUCAACCCCUUCGCCCCCUCCCGCAUGCCCAUGAAGCUCACCUCCAACCGCCGCCGCUGGAUGCACACCUUCCCCGUUGGACCGUCCGGCGAGGCGAUCCAGAUCCACCACCAGACCAGACAGAACAUGGAGGAGCUGCAGGGCAGCCAGCAGGCCGACCCCGCCCACACCUCCGCCGAGCUGCUGGAGCUGGCCUAUCACGAGGCCACCGGGAGGCGGUUCCGACAGGCUGGGGAGAACGGGCUGAGAGGAGGAGGAGGGGUGGAGGAGUCCAACGGAGGCCUCAACAGGAGCAGCAACAGAACUGGGAAGACGGAGACUCAGGGCUCCUCCCCUGACCACACCCCCCCAGGGGUGGACCCAAUGCCCAGGUUCUGCUGCACGGUGGGCGUGGACUGGAAGUCUCUGACCACGCCCGCCUGCCUGCCCCUCACCACCGACUACUUCCCCGAGCGGCCCGCCCUGCAGAACGACUACACCCAGGGCUGCUACGACUUGCUGCCCCCCAGCGACCUGGAGAGGCGUGAGGACGAGGGUCCGGUGAUGAGCGCCCCCCAGGUGUUUGAGGAGUUCAUCUGCCAGCGCCUGAUGCAGGGCUACCAGAUCAUCGUCCAAUCACACGCCAAGAAGACCCAGGCUACCAUGGCAACGCCCCUGGGCAGCAGCCCCCUGUACUCCCGUGGUCUGGUGUCCCUACGGGCAGCAGAGGAGGAGGAGACCCUGUACUGGCUGAGCAUGGGAAGAACCUUCCAUAAGGUGUGUCUGAAGGACAAGAUCAUCACUGUCACGCGCUACCUGCCCAAGUACCCCUACGAGUCGGCCCAGAUCCAGUACUCCUACAGCCUGUGCCCCCCCCACUGCGAGGCGUCCUUCAGGUCCUGCUGGGUGGAGUUCUGCCACGAGCGGCUGGAGCAGUACAAGUGGAAUUACCUGGACCAGUACAUCUGCUCCGCCGGCUCCGAGGACUUCAGCCUCAUCGACUCCCUGAAGUUCUGGAGGACGCGCUUCCUGCUGCUGCCGGCGGGCGGGGCGCGCCGCGUUGCUGACGGCGAUGGCCACUGGGACGUGUACGGGGAGGGGGUGGGGGGCGGCGCUGGGGACUGGGUCAUGCUGGACGGCUUCAUCCGCUUCCUGGAGGGGCUGAACCGCAUCCGCCGUCGCCACCGCUCCGACCGCAUCAUCAGGAAAAGCACCACCAUGAAAGGCCACCAGGGGGCCGCCCCCCCCCACUACCAGCCAGAGCCAGCAGCGCCCCCCGCAGGCAAGAAGGGGACCUCGGCCCUAACUGCCCUGAUGGUGCUGGAGCACACCCACAAGACUCUGGAGGAGCAUCAGGGGGGGAAGUCCUCCGCUGGGCCGAGUGAGGCCCCCGGCACCCUGACUGCCCCGCCCUACGUGGACAGCCCACGCAAGGACGCUGCGUUCAUUUUGGAUUUUAUCCGCAGUCCUCGUAGCUCGUACCUCUAUCAGGCUCAGCAGCCGGCGGAGGCAGCGGACGGAGCAGCACCGCCCACCACCACCACCGGGGGCGCCGCGGUGCAGGGAGUUGGAGACCCUCCAGCCGGCAGCACCAUAGACAGCGGUCCCUCUGGACCAGGAGGCGUUUCUCUCUCCUCCUCCUCCACUCUGAUGGACAUCCUGGAGGCCCUCACACACCCCACGACGGGGGUGCAGCUCCUACCAGAGCAGAAGGGUCUGCCCAGAAGCUGCUUCAUCAGUGCCGAGGUCACCCAUUGGCUGGUGAACAAUGUGGAGGGCGUGGCCACGCACAUCAUGGCCGUGGAGAUAAUGCAGAAGAUGCUGGAGGACGGUCUGAUCGCUCACGCGUCUGGAGACGCCAUGAGGACCUUCAUCUACGGCUCCUACUUCUACUGCGUGGUGGAGAAGGAUGGCCCCUCCCAGCCCCCGGCGGCCCCGGGUUCGGCGGCGGCGGCGGUGGAGGACUUUGCGGCGUUCCAGAAGAAGUGGUUCGAGGUGGCCUUCCUGCUGGAGGAGCGCCGUGCCUGUGACCUUCCCGCCUUCCUGUUGCCAUGGCUCCCCAGCCGCCCCGCCUCCUACGCCAGCAGACACAGCUCCUUCAGCCGCAGCUUCGGAGGACGCAGCCAGGCCACCGCCCUGCUAGCGGCUACGGUCCCAGACCAGAAGACGGUGACUUUGGACGUUGACAUCAACAACCGUAGCGAGCGCAGUGAGUGGUGCAGCUGUUAUUACCACGGCAACUUCUCCCUCAACACGGCCUUUGAGGUCAAGCUGCACUGGAUGGCCGUCACCUCGGCCGUGCUCUUUGAGAUGGUCCAGGGCUGGCACCGUAAGGCCGCCUCCUGUGGGUUCCUGCUGGUCCCGGUGUUGGAGGUCCCGUUCGCCCUCACCUCCUCGCUCUACGGAGACCCCCUCAGGGGACAGCUCUUCAUCCCCCUCCACACACACUGUCUGCUGCGCAGCCCCACCGACAGCCUCUUCGAAGGCUUUGAGCCGGAGACGUACUGGGAGAGGAUGCAGCUCUUCCAGGAGGCCAUCCUGUACAGGUUCGGCUUCGUCCAGGACCGCGCCUCAGCCUCCACCUUCAACUUCCCCGCAGAGAACAAACCCCAGUACAUCCACGUCACAGGCACGGUGUUCCUCCAGCUGCCCUACUCCAAGAGGAAGUUCCCCUGCGGCCAGCGGCGGCGGAGGAACUCGGCCUCGUCGGGCGGGGGGGGGUUCGGGGGGGAGGAGCCUGGCUUCAACUGGGCCUACAACACCAUGCUGACCAAGGCCUGGAGGACCGGGGCGCUGGGGGACGAGCGCCUCGCCGCACGCCUGCUCAAGGACUUCACCGCCUUCUGCUGCAACCACAACAACCGCCUCAGGGCCUUCUGGGACGCCUGCCUGGACCGCAUGAACGCCAGCGCCCCCUAGGGGCCCACCCUGACUACACCUGUACUGCACCUCCACCUCAACCUCCACCUGCCUGGACCGCAUGAACGCCAGCGCCCCCUAGGGGCCCACCCUGACUACACCUGUACUGCACCUCCACCUCAACCUCCACCUGCCUGGACCGCAUGAACGCCAGCGCCCCCUAGGGGCCCACCCUGACUACACCUGUACUGCACCUCCACCUCAACCUCCACCUGCCUGGACCGCAUGAACGCCAGCGCCCCCUAGGGGACGGCCAUCACCGCUGCUUCUGUCAGAGCUCCACCUCCCUGGAGGGGACAGACUACCUUGGUGGAGCAGGUGGUGCAUCUGUAAAUACAACCGAGAGAAACAACAUCCUGUGUCUUAUUUUGGUCACUUCCUGUCAGGUGCAGGUGCAGGAGCAGGAGCAUGUCAGCGUAUUGAGAGCUCUAAGCUGCUAAAGCUCAAAGAGAUGAGACCAGCAGUCUGUUCAGGUUCAGUGGCCACAGGCAGCCCUCUACAGACAGGGAAAGCAGUACAACCGACAUACUGACAGGUAACCAAGUACCGCCUACAGACAGGUAACUCGGUAUACAGCCUACAGACAGACAGUUAAAGCCCAGUUCAGGGUAGAGGUGUUGCUGCGCUGUCUCCACAGAGACAACGCAGCGAUAUCAUCAUGAGCAAUUCUAACUGGAGAGAAAGUGAAACCCGCCAGCUGCUGAUCAUGUGAGAGAAAAUGAUGCAGUCGCAUUAAACAAAGACGUUGAAAGAUGGUGCGAUCAACGAGAGAGACGCAGAGGAACUGUUCUUACGAGGUUUUUGUCGGGAUAAAAAAAAAAAGCGGUCAGAAUAAUAAAGAAUAUGUGGGCGCUUAUUGCACUUGUAAAUAGUUAAUCGCGUUUGUAGCCUACACUGAUGCAAAUUAUUCUAAAGAGGUCUAGACUCCGUGCGCAACCCCACCAGUGAACCAAGAAAGCCCUCGCCGUGACGAACGGUGGAUUUUAACCCCUCGGUUUUAUACAGGAAACUUGAGAUAAGAUGGUGAAAUCUCCGGCCAUGCCACGCCGGCUUGGCUGUGUAAAAAGGCCUAAUGAAAAGGAGAAGACGGCGAGUUAGAAAGCCGAGAAUAUGGAGCCGCAAUUGGUUAGGCCUACCUCAGCGGCAGAAACAGGGUGCCUACCGAUCUGUGUAGAGAGCCUUCUAUGGGCAAAAUCUGUUGGUUUAUAUUUAUUGAUCCCCUUCGAGAAUUUGUGUGUAAAGGAGUGGGUAUAGGCUAUAUUCUCGCCAUUCUCCUUAAAAAAAAAAAAAAGAGCACAUUGUAGGCUUACGGCUUUUGGGCCGGUCCUGCGCCCAUUCCUUGAUUCGGCACUCCAAACAAUUCAUUUCGUUCCAAUGUUCGUCCAAUCCACUCCAAUAGUGGUCCUGCAUUGAGUUGUUUGAUUGAAUGUUGAUCUGAAGUUGGCGCCACUGAUUGGUAGUGUUGGAAUGGCGGUAGGCCUAAUAAUAACUACUGUUGGAAUGGCCGCAUGUAACCAUAAGAACGGUUAUAGCUAAGGUGUAGGCCUACUGUGGACAGUGCGGGACCGGGACGUAGUAAGGCCAUGAAGUACAAGUUGUUCUGUGCCGUGCGUGUCCUGAUUGGCUGAAGACAAAUAGCUAUAACGUUGCGUUCUAAAACUGGACCUGGCGAUUUGACAUGUUCAAUCUCUGGCGACUCCUUGCAACGGCAUCAGCCGCGCUGCAACAACCACUUCCAAAACAGUCUCGUUGCAAGUGGUUGCGAGGCGAAUCUUUGGUCUAAACUGGGCUUAACACUCACUCACAACAGUCAGACACCGAUCUCAGUACAAAGAGUUUCCCUUUUAAUGCUCGUGAAACAAGGACAUACAAAGCAUGAAAGAUUCAAUACCAAAAAGUGGAUACAUCUCAGAGUAAAUUACAUUAUAUUGGUCUCAAGGCGACCCAUCUCCCUGUGUUACCCUAGUGAUAAAUAGUAAACAGGUGGUCACCAAGGUCCCUGUAUCCGUCAACACUUGGAUGAAGAGGAAGGUGAAGGUAGUGCUCUUUAGUCCCACUGAGACCAGUGGCUCCUGUGGUCUCUACAGGAACACAUAUCCAUGGAGGAUGAUGUCAUCGGGAAGGCGGGGCAAAUUAGUUCACCCUGGAGGCAUUAUCAGA